CAAAUGGUGAAAGAGAAGGUGAUGAAAUGUACUUUGGACAACUUUGGAGCUGAUUGAGAGGAACCUGCUGGUCAAGAUGGUUAUUCAUUACUUUCUAGCAAGAGCUUCCUUCGCUGUUUUUUCGUGUCUGGUUAUUGUAAGAAACGGUCUGAAGAAACAAUCACUCGAUUUCUCGGGUGCCUUCGCUGCUGUUAUAGUUGGGUUUAUAUUGACUCUGAGCAACUUGUGUUUCUUCGCCUCCUGCAUAACCUUUUUCCUAACGAGCUCUAAAUUAACGAAGUUUAAAUCGGACGUGAAGGAAAAAAUCGAAGACGAUUUCAAAAAAGGAGGCCAAAGAAAUUGGAUUCAAGUCUUUUGUAAUGGUGGCAUCCCAACAUUACUGGCUCUAUUUUACAUGAUUGAUGUUGGUAUUGGCGAACAUGCGAUUGAUUAUGCAAAGGAUUUUACUGCAUCAGUGCUUUCGGUUUCUGUGCUUGGAUCAUUCGCUUGUAGCUGUGGUGACACGUGGGCCUCUGAAAUAGGAACAGUGAUGAGUUCACACGUUCCUUUGCUCAUAACAACAUUUUCAAAGGUCCCUGUUGGUACAAAUGGAGGAGUCACAAUAACAGGAACCAUAGCAAGCAUCCUUGGAGGCACAGUGAUUGGGAUUGCCUACUAUAUAACUUUACUGACGUUAUUGACUAUCCGUAGAAUUAUAGCUGUUCCGCCUCAAUGGCCAAUUAUUUUGAUUGGUUGUUUAGGAGGCUUUUUGGGAUCAGCAUUUGACUCUAUACUAGGAGCCACUCUUCAGUACUCAGGGUAUUGUUCAGUGAAGAAAUGUGUGGUUCACAAGCCAUCCCCAACAGUUAAACACAUAUCUGGACGAGCCAUCCUGGACAAUCAUGCUGUUAACUUUGUAUCUAGUCUUCUGAUAAGUGUUGUAAUGCCUGUAAUAGGAUACUUUCUAUGGAGAGGGUUGAUGUAGAUAACAGAAUCAAAUCAGUGCUGAGUGGCAUACAGGGUCCUAA